CACACACACACACACACACACACGUACACGUACACGUGUACACACCCACCCACCCAACCACACACGCACCAUAUAUUUAUAUAUAGUUCGACUCAACUCCGUUCUCUCUUGUGGUCACAUACACUUGUUCCUAACUCACAUCCCCGGUGCCGUGGCUUCCUUCAAAUAGUCUUGCUUCACGCGUCCUAUACUACGGGAUCUUUUUGAUGGCUCAAAUCAAAGUAUCCUGGAUAGUUAAUGGCAUAUUGGUCUGUCUGGUACUGUUCGUCCUCUUCCACCAGCAAACCGAUAAUCUGCCAGACGCCAACUCGUUCACAGAUUCGCCAACAAAAAGAAUGUCCCACUCCAGAUCAGCUAGCGGCGUUCCUAUUGCUGAUAUGCAUGGGGACGGUCGGUGGGAUUCCAUGCACGCCAAGCUCACACGCGACGCCGACGCAGGCAACACUAAGCCCUACGUAUUUGCCGGAGACAGUCUUAUACAAAGAUGGCGUGACUACGCGUCGUGGGAUCAGAGCUGGGAUUCUCAAACGGUUAACCUAGGCAUAGGCGGCGAUCGUACCGAACAUAUACUAUGGCGUCUGCAGAAUGGUGAACUAACCCCCACCAACCCCAAGGUGGUGGUAAUCAUGGCUGGUACAAACAACCACGGGGUGGAUGCCGAGGAUACGAUCAAAGGCAUCAAAGCCAUAGUCAACUACAUCCGCACAGAGAAGCCCUCGGCAAGGAUAGUGGUGAUGGCCCUGCUUCCUCGAGGUGAGCGCCCAAAUAGACUCAGGGACAAACAUCAGAUCAUCAAUGCCAAUUUGAAGGACACAUACGAAACCGAUCCCACGCACGCCGCGGCUGUAUAUGUGCUAGAUAUCGGGCAUGAAUUCCUGACACCCGAUGGUGGCGUACCCUAUAAUUUGAUGCCUGACUAUCUACACAUGAACGCUAAGGGCUAUGAUAUAUGGACAUACCACUUGCAGAACUUUCUAGUGCAUCUUAAGAAUACUGAGUAAUCAUUUUCGUUCUGAGACUGCUGCCACAUACGAGGAGACUGACUGAAGUCUCAUAACCGGCAAUGAGCGAUGGUGCAAGUCUAUUCAAGACCUCGCAAGACGGUAGAACGAAUUAUUACAGGGAGGCUAGUACCUAAAGAAAGGAACUCUCUCUAAUUAGUCACCACGUGUGAAAAUCAUAGGGAAUGACUCUGGGCUAUGCUAUAACACUAUGAAGGGGGCUUGAUAACCUCACAGCCGAGCCACUAUUGAAUUGUUUGAUGGUGAUAGUAUUAGAAGCCUGUAUGCAAAAUAACCCUUAUCGUAGACUUGCGCACUUUUGCAACACACAUGUUGGACGUAGCGCUGGUAUCGAUUCGGGUAAAAACACAAACGUAGGUCGUGCUAGAGAAGUUGAUUGUGGGAGUGCAUCGUACAUAGAGAAAGAACAAUGGUAAAAGGAAACGGUGUAAGGUGGCAGCAGCAAUCGCUCUCGGUGAUGAACGGAAUCGACUUGAGAGACCUUUGCUAUGGGUAUGAAAAAGGAUCCGUAUUAGUACUGGAGAAUGCUGGAAGUACUUUGCUUGGUUGUUCAAAAUCGUGUCGUUACCAUGGAUGAGUGGAUACGUAGAAACUAUCCCAAAGCCUUGGCAUAUGACGGCGAGCAGCUGUAUUUUCAUCGUUAGUACGUGAUUACGGACUGCAAUUUGGACCGCCUGUGCCUAGUUUAGGGGACAAGACUUAUUCAGUACGUUGAGUGCUAUCUGGGUACAGAUGUCGAGGGUAGACAUGGUACUGUUUUUGUUUGAAGGAGUGUUGAAAAUACGAAUACUGAAUUGCCUGUACGUGUGCAACCAUGAUUAAAUGACAAUGUAGCAAUGCUAGAGAAAUGUGGGGACUCUUGGGUCGAUCGUGCAUGGACAAAUAAUGAUACAGCAGCGGCCAUGAUUAAGGUAUCUGGGGAUCAUGCAGAACGUGAGAUACCACCAAACCGGAAUAUGUACUUUAGGGUUCUUGCUGUUAUAUCCAUUUUAUUUUCCCAAUAGCCGCGAAGUAAUUUAUGUGCUAGUCAAUGUGCGGACUAUGGUGCUAGUAUCAUUGAAAAUAAAGUCAAAGCC